AUGAACCCUCCGGAAUUGAAGGGCAUCCUUGUAGCCUUGGUUACCCCAUUUACGGACGAUGGAUCCAGAAUUGACGAGGACCGUCUGAAAGCACAUAUUGAUCACAUGAUAGACGCGGGCAUUCAUGGACUGGUACCAGGCGGCAGCACAGGAGAAUUCACAACCAUGAAUCUCGACGAGAGGAAGCAACUGGUCGAGCUUUGCGUCCAGUUUGCCGCCGGCCGAGUUCCUGUUGUGGCCGGAGUUGGAUGCCUGUCGACGAGUGAUUGCAUCCACCUAGCCUCUCAUGCAGCCCAGGCAGGGGCGGCUGCCUUAAUGGUCGUUCCGCCGUUUUAUGAUGCUCUGUCUGUGGAGCAGCUGCAAGGAUUGAUGUCAGAAAUCUCCCAAGCUUCACAGUUACCGAUCGUCUACUACAACAUACCCUCUGCAAGCGGUCUCAAGCUGAGUCCUCAGCAGAUGGCCGAUCUGUCUGAGGUCGGAGUCAAGUAUCUCAAAGACACCUCGGGCGAUGCUCCGGCGCUCACAGAGCUCCUGUUUGGCCUGCACGACAAAAUCACCGCUUUCAAUGGGUGGGACACUUUGACCUUCUACGGUUUGGCUGCGGGCGCCAAGGGAUCCGUCUGGGGAGCCUCGAACAUCAUUCCGGAGUUGUCGGUUCAAUUGUGGGAAGCUCUUGCCGUAAGGGGCGAUUUAAAGCUUGGCCGCGAGUUAUGGGCCAAGAUUUGGCCAAUUUGCAGGUUUCUCGAAUCCCAUCAUUACGCUUCCGCUGUAAAGACGGGAAUGGAGCUGCUGGGCAAGCCGACCGGCGGUUUACGGAAGCCUUUCGCCUUGCUGACAGGCGAUCCAAGGCAAACGCUGGCGCAACUUCUGAAGGAUGCAGAUUUGGAGACGGUAUAG